CCCUCUGUCCCAAAACCCUAAUUUCAAUUUCUCAUAUCCCUGAUUCAGAUUUACACUGCAAAUUUUGUGUUUGUCGUCUUUAUUGCUCGAUCAUCUCUCGUUUCUUCUCUAAAAAAGCACGAAUGGAGAAAGGUUAUUAUUAUUCAAAUCCAACAGACAAGGAAAUAAUCAACUAUUUGGUGAGGUACGUAAUAGGCAAGCGUUUUCCAUGCAAACAUAAAGUUAUGGAUUUUGAUGAUCUUUACGGAGUUAGAGCGAUGUGUCCAUGGCAAAUAUUUGAAGCUACAGAAGGGACAAAGAACACACGUUACUUAGUCACUUCACCAAAGAGGAAAAGGGCAAGUUGGAUACAUUAUUUGUCAUUUUCACUUAGAGCUAACCAAGGGAUGUGGAAAUAUGUAGCCAAAUUCAAGGAAAUAUUUGAUGAUCAGAGGAAACUUAUGGGUUACGUCAAAACUUUGAGGUACUUCCAUAGAGAGCAAUCAUCAUGGAGAAAGAGUGAGUGGCAUAUGAGAGAAUAUUAUCUCAUAGAUAAAUAUCUGCCCCCAAACAAAGUUAAGAGAGAAGAUGUCAUAAUUUGCAUGAUCAAGAAGAAGGAACAAAGUAAUAGAAAAGGUUAUAAUCCUGAGGAUGAGAGACAGAUUAUUCAAUCUCUACAAGGCCUUCAACUUGAUAAUCAAGACUCUGUGAUUUCUAAUAAUGUUGCAUGUUGCCAAGGGAUAUCUAAUGACAAAACAGAGAAGCAGAUUAUUGAAUCUUUACAAGGCCUUCAACUUCAAGACCCUGUGCUUUCUCAUGUUGCAUUGUAGCUCUAAUUGCUAUGUAGGUGUUACUAGAGCUAUGACCCUCAUAAAAUAGUAAUGGUUGUACUUUUAUCUGUUGAACAUAAAUAAUACAAUCCAAAAUUUUCUAGUUCUUAAAAAGA